AUGGACAAGUCAUUCCAGAGGUUCUCCCGUCCGAAAUACGACAUGCUAUCAUGUCGGAUUGAAAAAGUCCCGGAUGAAGGACAGCCAUGCGAGCAAGAAGGGUUUCGAAAAGGAUUCAGCACGAUUGACCACAUUCACACUGUUUCGAGACUCAUCGAGGUAUCACGAGAGUACAAGAUGCCGCCCUGUCUCACCUUCAUCGACUUAAAGAAAGCCUUCGACUCAGUUGAGACGGAAGCGGUCGUGGAAGCCUUGGACAACCAAGGCGUCCCCAUUCAGUACAUAAAGGUACUGCAGUAA